AUGCUUUGGAAAUGGUAUUUAUUUGUGUUUGCUGCCUCCAUUAUUUUUAAUUUUGUAGGAAUCAUUGCAAAUCUGCUUAUCAUAGUGGUCAUUUAUAAGAUUUGGGUGAAAAGUCACAGAAUCUCCUCUUCAGACAGGAUCUUGUUCGGCUUGGCCAUCACUAGAUUCCUGACUCUGGGCUUGUUUCUACUGAACACUGUCUACAUUGCUACGAAUGCUGUGAGGUCAGUGUACUUUUUCAUGUUUUUUCUAUUGUGUUGGAAGUUUCUGGACUCCAACAGUCUCUGGUUAGUGACCUUGCUGAACAGUCUGUAUUGUGUGAAGAUUACUAAUUUCCAACAUCCAGUGUUUCUUCUGUUAAAACGGACGAUCUCUGCAAAGACCUCCAGCCUGCUGCUGGCAUGUCUUCUGAUUUCUGCCUUCACCACCCUCCUGUAUCUUGUGCUCACACAGAUAUCACGUUUUCCUGAACAGGUAACUGGGAGCAAUGGCACGGAAUUUGACCUCAGUGAGGGCAUCUUGACAUUAGCAGCCUCCUUGGUCUUGAGCUCACUAUUACAGUUUAUGCUCAAUGUGACUUUUGCUUCCUUGCUAAUACAUUCCUUGAGAAGACACAUACAGAAGAUGAAGAGGAACACUACCAGCUUUUGGAGUCCCCAGAUGGAGGCUCACAUGGGUGCCAUGAGGCUGAUGAUCUGUUUCCUCCUGCUGUACAUUCCGUAUUCGAUUGCUGCUCUGCUCUACCUUCCUUCCUAUGCCAGGAGGAAUAUGAGAGUCCAGGCUGUUUGCAUGAUCAUUACUGCUGCUUACCCUCCAGGACAUUCUGUCCUCCUCAUCAUCACACAUCAUAAAUUGAAAGCUAAAGCAAAGAAGAUUUUCUGCUUCUACAAAUAGUGCAAUUUCAUUGGUAAAG